GGGAUUCAGAGGGGCGAAACCAUACCAACAUGCCUUCUGCGACCGGCACAAAACGCGUCAAGGGCGUUUCUAUCUACAGGCCUUUCGUUUUCGGCAGCGAAGCCCAACCUUUCGACCCCGACAAGAAACCCGCCAACGCCCCUGCAGACCAUACCCACCAAUGGCGCGUUUUCGUCAAGGGCGUCAACGACGAGGACAUCUCCUACUGGCUGAAAAAGGUCCAAUUCAAGCUCCACGAGACCUACGCCCAGAACGUCCGCACCAUCGAACAGCCGCCCUUCGAAGUGACCGAGACGGGAUGGGGAGAAUUCGAGAUCCAGAUCAAACUCUACUUCGUGACGGAGUCUAUGGAGAAGCCCCAGACCCUGUGGCACAGUCUGAAGCUGCAUCCCUACGGGCCCGAUGCUGAAGCCAAGAAGGAGCGCAGAGAGGUUGUCAUCAGCCAGAACUACGAGGAGAUUGUGUUCAAUGAGCCGGUGGAGCAGUUCCAUGACCUCCUCACGGGAGGUUCUGCCACACCGCAGCCGCAGAAGGGCAAGGGCGGAAAGAACUCGAAACAGGCUGCGCAACGGAAUGGAAAGACGGCGGAGAUCCCGUACAACGAUACCGCGGAUAAUCCUUAUAGCAAGACAACCGAGAACAAGGAGUUGGAUCGAUUGGUUGAAGCAGGGAAGACCGUGGAGCAGAUGAUCAAGGAAGAAAAGGAACGACUCAUUAGCCGGGAGAAAAGGCUGGCUGAGCUGCGAGAAAGCGAAGGAGUUCCCGCCCAUACGAAAAAGAGAUAAAACGCUGCGUCAGGUUUGAAUGAUAGACGACCACCGCAACAGUCUAUGCUCUCAACUCGGCAUGAGUAUGUCUUUCUCGACUGUCGAUGAGCCACAAUUCCUAUUAUCUCUUGCCGCCAAAGAGCAAGAUGCUGCAGCCCAUCUCCCGGGCAUCUUAAGACCGAGCUUUCCUUGACGGUCGACCUAUUCGGAGACAAGCUAGACCUUUAGCCUCCAGACCUGCCUUGAUUGGAGCGCGCCACAGCUCAGGGAACGACGUCUCUGAAUGAAGCUAUUCACAGAAACAUGAAUUCCUUUGCGUUGCCUGUGAGGCUACUUGCGCAAACCGCAGGUUGGCACAGAAUUAUGAGAAAUGAACUUAACCCUAAAUUUACAGAUAGAAUCAAAUAUUGUGUACCAAACAAAAAGAAUUCCUCACAC